AUGGUCGCGGCGCUGGGCGAAGCGACAGCCCAACCUUUCUUCAUCUCUUGGUUGCGGAAGCGCAUGCUGUCGGAUCCAACCGGGCGAAGAAUCUUACGGGACCGGCCCCGCAUCACCUCCAAGACGAUGUCUCUCGAGAAGUUACGGCAGCUGCCUGAGAACAGCGUCGGAAGAACGUACGCUGCUUGGCUGGACAGGGAAGGCGUCACCCCAGACACGAGAGAUGCGGUACGAUACAUUGACGACGAAGAGGAGGCCUAUGUCAUGCAGCGAUACCGGGAGUGUCAUGAUUUCUACCAUGCGGUGACUGGUCUGCCGGUCUGGGUAGAGGGAGAGCUUGGCUUGAAGGCGUUCGAGUUUGCAAACACUGGACUGCCUAUGACAGGGCUCAGUCUAGCUGCAAUUGUUCGGCUGAAACCACUGGAGAGGCAGAGGAUGUUCCAGAUCUUCCUGCCAUGGGCGUUCUCGAACGGAUGGAAGAGCAAAGACCUCAUCAAUGUGUAUUGGGAGGAGGAGCUUGAGACGGAUGUUGGUGAACUGCGCCAGAGGCUAGGCAUCGAGCAGCCGCCAGACCUGCGGGCAAUUCGGAGGAAAGUGAGAGAAGAACGCAAAGCUGCGAAGGCUGCAAGAGCAGCCGCAGCAGAGGUCGCAUCGACGUCUACUCUCUCUCCUCGACCAGAGGCGCAAUCGUGA